AUGCAUCCCUCUGAAACAGCAGGGCAGAGGGCCAGGAGCACAGACGGAGGCAGCGAUGAGGUGGGGGAGAGGACAGUGGAUAUCUAUGACCCUGCAGACAACUUACCUGCAGAGGAGAGUGCAGCAGAGCAGAGGCCAGGCAGCAUCGUCUGUCCGGUGAAAAGUCUCCCCUGGGUCUUCACAGUGUGUCUGCUGCUGCUGUGCGCUCUCCUCUUGGCCGCCGUUACAGCCCUCGCAGUGCAAUGUCCACAGCUUUGGUUGCAGAGUCUCAGCAGGACCUGCACUCAACACACAAAGGAAACUCUGUUUGAGCUCAGCCGCUUCUGUGAAACUGGAUGUGCGAUGUUUAACAACAGUUUUUACUACGUUUCUGCUGAACUAAAAUCCUGGGAGGACAGCAGACAGGACUGUUUAGAGAGAGGAGCAGACCUCGUUGUCAUAAACAGCCAAGAUGAACAGAAAUUCAUCAAUUCUUUCAAAAAAAUAAUGUGGCUGGGCCUGAGCGACAGGGGCGAGAGAGGAAACUGGACAUGGGUGGAUGGCACACGUCUCGACACAGGGUUCUGGGGACACGGCGAGCCCGGGAGGGAGCACUGUGCUUACACUUACUGGUUUAACAACCUCAACAGCUGGAGUGAUGACAAAUGUGCCAAACGGUGUCACUGGAUCUGUGAAAAACUGCUUGAUUUUUAAUAUUAUUAGAAUCCUACAUCAGUAUAAAGUACAUCCAGUACCAAGAUUGUCUUUUUUUUUACACAGAGCCAAAAAAUAUUCCCCUUAAAGGCUUAUCUUAGUGGGCUUUAGUCUCGUAGAAGUGUGAAUUUAUCAUCACUUACCAGUUCCUCUUUUCCGCUGCCGCCUCGCC